AUGGGUUUCUUCUCUUUCUCUCAAACCCUUCCUCCAUGGCUUCUCACAAUCACCCUCCUAACCCUCCCUCUUCUCUUCACCCUCUUUACCCUUCUUACCAAACAGAACAAAUACACAGCCAAACUCCCUCCAAGCCCUAGAAAGCUUCCCAUCAUAGGCAACCUCCACCAAGUUGGUGAAAUCCCUCACUACACAUUCUGGAAACUAUCACAAAAACUUGGACCCAUCAUGCUUCUUCAACUAGGUCAAGUUCCAACCCUAGUGGUCUCAACCCCAGAACUAGCUAAAGAGGUCCUAAAAACCCAUGACCUAGAUUGUUGCACUAGGCCUCUCUCUCGUGGCCAAAGAAAACUCUCCUACAACUUUCUUGACCUAGCCUUUUCUCCAUAUGGAGAGUACUGGAGAGAGAUGAGAAAGCUGUGUGUCAUAGAACUCUUCACUGCCAAAAGGGUUCAAUCAUUUUGGCAUGUUAGGGAAUCAGAGGUUGAGCACUUGAUUUCCACCAUAGCCAAAUCGGCUCCGAACCCGGUUGAUCUAAGUGACAUGAUAUUCUCUGUCACGAACAAUGUGAUUGGGAAGAUAGCUUUUGGGACGAGUCAUAGAGGGAACCAAUUCGAGUACGGUAAAUUGAAAGAUAUAAUUGACGAUGCCAUGACUUUGCUCAGUGGUUUUUCACCGUCGGACUUUUUUCCUGGAGUUGGCUCGGUGCUGGAUUUGGCUACGGGGCUUCAAUGGAAGCUUGAAAGGUGUUUUAAGAAUCUUGAUACGUUUUUUCAGAAGGUUCUGGAAGAACAUCUUGAUCCUACUAGGCCCAAGCCGAAGCAUGAAGACAUCAUUGAUGUCAUGCUUGGUUUGUCUAAGGAUCGGACCACUGUUCUCCAUCUAGCUAAAGAUCAUAUGAAGGCUGUCCUCUUGGUAUGGUAUUUCUAA